AUGGCUACCCAAACCGAAACUCUCCCUUCCGCCGUUGGCUCGCUCUCGCUUUCCGGCUCGCUCAACCCGCUCAAGUCGACCGGCGCGCUCGACCAGUACAAGCCGGUUGAGCUUACGCCUGUCAUCGGAACGCAAUUCCGCGGCGUCCAGCUUGUCGACUUGCUUGACGCGCCCAAUGCCGACGACUUGCUCAAGGAGCUGGCCAUCACGAUUCACCGCCGCAAUGUCGUCUUUUUCAAGGAACAGCAGGCCCAACUCACGAACGACCAGCUCAAGCGCCUCGCAACGAAACUCGGACAGCUCACGGCCUCGGCAGCCGGUACCGAGUGGGGUGGCCUGCACAUCCACCCGACUGAGAAGCACCGCGACGACAACGAGAUCUCGCCGAUUACUGCCAAGGCGUUUGUCGCCGGCAGGAAACGCUCCCGCCAGAGCGGCAGCUUGCUCGCCUCGCGCGGAUGGCACACCGAUAUCACUUUCGAGCCCGUCCCGUCUGACAUCGCCAUCCUCAACGUGUGGGAAAUCCCUGAGAACGGCGGAGACACGCUCUGGGCCAGCGCAUACGAGGCCUACGACCGCCUGACUCCCGCCCUCGCCAAGUUCCUCGAAGGCCUGACCGCCCUUCACGAUGGCAACCACUUCCACAAGGUUGCCGAGCUCCAACAGAAGCCGCUUUAUGACGGCGUGCGCGGACACUCUCUGAACAAGGGCGCGAACCUCCAGGCUGUUCACCCGCUCAUCACGGUCAACCCGGUGACGGGCUGGAAAGGCUUGUUCGUGAACCAGGUCUUUACCAAGCGGAUCGUCGAGCUGAGCGAAGACGAGUCGGACCACCUGCUCAAGUACCUCUUCACGCUCGUCAAGGAGAACCACGACUUGCAGGUUCGCUUCAAGUGGGACAAGGACGACGUCGCGCUGUGGAGCAACACUUCGAGCUACCACAACGUCACCCUCGACUACACCGGCUACAACCGCACGGGUCACCGCGCCGUCUCGCUCGGCUCGAAGCCGUUCUUCACGGGCGAGGGCAAGUCGAGGAGGGAGGACUUGGGGCUCGGGGCUUGGAUCGAGUAG